AUGGGUUGUCAGUCCAGCAAGCCCGACCAAGCGAUCGUUGUAAGCUCGAUCGACGCUAUCAGAGCAGUUCGACUUGAUGAUACGUACCCGCUCGUGGAGGAGCUCCGAUCCCUUGGCGUCGCUUCCGGCCUCCACCCGGUCUCCCAGGCCGUCUCCGGCGCACCUGAGCUCAAGGAGGCAAUCUCGAAGAACCCCGGCCUCCAAUCCUUUGUAAAUGACCACCUCAACGUUGUCAUCACGACGCUGAGGUCUCUCGCCAGGGUCAGAGGCCUUCUCGACAAGUCCCGCGGAAUUUCAUCUUCUGUCGGCGCGGCUCUCGAAGGCUUCGAGAAGGAGAAUGCCGAAAGAAGGAAUGACAAGAAGGAGAAGAAGAAGAAGAAUAAGAAGAAGAAGACGAAGAUCACCAACAAGUGCUCGGAGGUGGUGGAAAAGUUGAAGGGGUCGAGGGCGUUGGGCGACCCGUUCGCGGGCCUAAACACCGAUGAGCUACGGCCGGCUUGCGAAUGGCAGCGGUCGCUGCUGGACGCGCUGCGUCGAAGGCAUCGCGAGCUCGAGAAGAGGCUGAGAUCGGUCAAGAAGUGGAGGAAGGCUUGGAAUGUCAUCUACACGGCAGGGUUCGUGGCGGUCUUAGCCUGCUCGGUGGUGCUCGCGGCUGUGGCGUCACCGGCUGCCGCCGUCACAGGAGCCACGGCAUGUGCCACUGCCAUGAAGGCUGUCGAGCCGUGGAUCAACUCGGUGUGCGACGAGCGCGAGGGCUCGUUGCAGGGGGAGAAGGAUGUUAUAGCGACGAUGCGAAGAAAGGGUGGGUUUGCAGUGCAUGACUUGGAGAACGUAAGGUCGAUUGUUGAGAAGUUAAAGAUUGACAUCGAUGCGAUGUUGGAUCGUGUUGACUUUGCAAUCAGCAAGGCGGAGGAUGGGGAGGAGAUGGCGGUCAAGAUUGGGAAUGAGGAUAUUAUGGCAAAGAAGGGGGACGUUGAUAAAGGUGUUGAUACUUUGAAGGAGAAGUUGGAUUCGUCUGAGCGUGAGAUUAUGAGGGCGGCAGCUGAGUUCUUGGAGACCAUAAUGAAGGACAUCUAG